AUGUCUCGAAAUGCGUACUCGGCAUUUCAAAAACACCUGUUGUUCUUCUCGACACCCACAACUCCGCCGAGGCUCACUUUGGGGUCAGUCCUGCGUGCUGCUGUGUCACUCGGACUGGAUGUGCCUGUCGCAGUCUUGCUGAGUGUAUCCCUGAGACUUCUUUAUGCGCCGCUUCCCUAUUUCUGGUCUCCCAUCAUCGUCGACAGAAUCCCGGUUUCAUCCCAUCGCACUCAGCUCGAGUCAACCAGACUCUUACCGGAGAAAACGGAAUACACGUGUUCGGACCUCUUGGCUCUCCUCAAGCAGAGCGAGAAGCAGGAAAGUGCAAAAGGAUGGCUGGCACACAUGAUUGACCAGGGUCAUAUCAUCGGGUUCUGGACAAUGGCGGCGAACACGCAAACGCAUACCGUUAGCAAACAUGACGUCGAAAGGUUUCAGCAAGGCAACUGGGAAGAGGCGGUGGUUGAGAGACGCGCCGGGCGACACGAGGUGCUGCCGCUCUGGAGAGGCGGGCCUAUCUGGGUUGGCGGCCACAGCUGGGCCGUAAGGAAGUUGUUCGGAGUAAAAGUCUAUAAUGCCAAAGGACAGUAG